AUGGUUUCCACAUCGUUAUUCGACGAUGGACCUGAAAUUGAAUUUCCAUCAGAAAUUAUGUGUUCACAGUUCCAUCCGACGAUUCCGAAUGUUUAUGUCGCAGGUGCAAUAUCGGGACAUCUUCAUUGGAUGAAAAUAAACGAUGACGAAAAUGAACAGUCGAUGUCGAAUGAACGUUCGAUGAAAGUUCAUAAAAAAUCAGUUCGGGCGAUCGGAUUCACACCGGAUGGUCAAUCAAUUAUCACCGCAUCAAAAGAUAAAUCUAUUAAAUUACGAUCAACCGAAACGGGUAAAAUGGUAGCGAAAUAUACUCGAGCACAUGAUUUGCCGAUCAAUUGUUUGUGUAUUAUUGAUAACUGUGUUUUAGCCACUGGUGAUGACGAUGGCUAUGUGAAAUUAUGGGAUUAUCGACAAAAGAAACCUUUAGCAGAAUUUCAUGAUUGUGAAGAUUAUAUAAGCGCAUUGACAUGUGCAAGUGAUCGACGAACUUUAUUAGCGACAAGUGGUGAAGGAACAUUGACUGUUUAUAAUGUUCGAAAGAAAAAAUUGCAAUUACAAUCGGAGUUAAUGGAUAGUGAUUUAACUGCUUGUCGAAUUGUUAAAGAUGGAGAAAAAGUUGUUUGUAGUACAAUGGAAGGUGUUUUGUAUUUUUUUAAUUGGAAAGAAUUCGGUAAUAUGUCUGAUCGAUUUCCUUGCCAUUCGAGUGGAAUUGAAUCUUUGAUAACACUCGAUGAGUCACUUAUUGUUACGGGAUGUGAAGAUGGAAAAAUGCGUACUCUUAGUCUUUAUCCUCAUCGAAUUUUAUCGACUGUUGGUCGAACGUGUACAAUGCCAAUACAAACAUUAUCUGCAUCGUGUGAUACGAAUUAUUUGAUCGGCUCAUCGACAUCACCAGAAACACUGCAGUUGAUUGAUGCGCAACAGUUGAAAAUCAUUUCGAAUGAAAAGAAGAAGAAAGGAGCGAAACAAGUUAAAAAUGAGUUUUUUGCUGAUUUUGAGGCAAAUAUUGGCGAAGAAAAAGAAGAAGAUCAAUCGUCAGAUAAUUCCAGCGAUGACGAUGACGACGACGACGAUGAUGAUGAUGAUGAUGACAGUGAUGAAGAAAUAAGGCAACCACCGAAAAAAAAGAAAAAAGUCCAUUUUUAA